AUGGAGGACACACGUAAAGAACCACCGUCUUCACCGGAGCCCCAAAGUGCAGCACCAUCGACUUCCAUUGUUGAGACAGAAUCAAAUGAUUCGGAAAAUGAAGUGUUUAGGUCUACUAUUGCAGAAGAUCUUUCACUUUCACCAUCACCUCCUUCAUCUCCGAUUCCGCAAUCAUCACAUCAUUCGACAACUUCAGAUUUAGGGGUGCCUUCAACUUUUCUGGAGCCAUCGAGUGGAGAUGUCCUAAAUGAACUUUCUGAUGAGGCACAAUCCCCUGAGGCAAAGCAAGUCAUCCCUGAUACUGCUUCUAAAACAUCCGAACACUCACCAAAAAGUUCAAUUGAGGAUUCUUCAGAAUUAUUAGGCGAUCAAAAUGAAGACUCAAGUGAUGAUGACAAAAAUGAAGUUCGAAAGCUUCUCAAAAGUAUUGUCGACACUUGUGAUUCUAUGGCUCAAAACGAGGAUCGCCCUUUGAGUGAUAGCGAGAAAUCAGUUGAGAAUGACAUGCAGGCAGACGAGCCAACUAAGAUUGAAUCAGAUUUGGAAAAGGGGACCAUUUCUGAGAGUCAGUGGAAUAUGGAAUCGACUAUUGCUGAUGAUCUUUCUCUUUCACCAUCACCUCAAUCUUCACCCGCUUCAACAUCGCCAACUCCAACAUCGCCAGCUCCAACAUCAAUUAUUGCUCCUUCAAUGCCUUCAGACUCUAUUGAACCGUCUACAAAUGCACCACAAUCUUUUUUGUCAAUCAAACUUCCCGGUGUGAUGCAUUCUCCUGAAACUUCUCGUCCAAAAUCAUCAGAACCGGACACUGCGGAGAUUAAAGAAAAAGUUAUGGACGACCACACUGAAAAGACAGAAGAAAGUGGCUUGAAAAUGGAUGUAACAUCAGAUGAUGAUAGAGAAGAUAUGGACGAAGAUGAACUUCUCAAAGCAAUUGUCGGUGCAUCUGGCCCGGUUGGCCGAAAACGCAGCAUAGCCAGUGUUGGAGAUGAUCAUCAUUUAGAUGAUGAUGAUGAUGACUCAAUGGACGAUGACACUCUUGUGGACGGCAGAAACCGAGCUGAGGAUCUCGAGUUUAAAACUUCAUUUGGUCUGAGUCUUUUUGGGCCAUCUAAAGACUCAGGUUCAAGUUUAGCUGAACGUGAUCCGAAAACUUUCUCUAAACAAGAGCAAGAGAAACUAAAAGAAAAACUGCAGGAAGAAGAACGAGAACGAAUGCAAGUACUGGUGUCUAAUUUUUCUGAAGAGCAACUAAAUCGUUACGAAAUGUAUCGUCGCGCAGCAUUUCCAAAAGCUGCCAUUAAAAGAAUUAUGCAGCAAAUGACUGGCACUUCAGUCUCACAAAAUGUUGUCAUUGCUGUGUCUGGUAUUGCCAAAGUGUUUGUCGGUGAAAUUGUGGAGGAGGCUUUGGACGUAAUGGAGCUGAUGGGAGAGACUGGUCCUCUUCACCCAAAGCACAUCAGGGAAGCUGUUCGUCGACUUCGCUGUAAGGGCACCAUGCCUGGCUCAGCCCGGCCUGGAUCUGUUAGAGAUCAUGCCCUUUUGUGA